AUGUCAAUAUAUUUCGUAGAUUCUAUUACUGAUCAGAUACCUCAAAAAAUGUCAUUGGCUGUGCAAACAGAUGAUGAUGAUGAUAUUCAACCUAUAACAUUAUCUAAUUCUUUAGAAAAUAGAAACCAAUUAUCUUCUAAAGAAUCUAUGGGGGUUCAAACAGAUGAUAAUGACGUCGUACCUAUUUUACCUGAGGAUUGCAUACUACUACUAGACGUUAAUCAAGUGGAUAUUAAAAAAGAUUUAUAUAAAGAACAGGUUCAGAGUAAAAUUAAACUUGAAAAAUUGUUAAAGAGUUUGGAGAGAAACUGGGAAGAUGCUUUCGAAUCUUGGGAAAAUCCUGUAAUUAAUAAGCCAGUAAAAGAUAAUGGCGAUGCUAAUUAUACUAAAGAGAUUACGACCGACAAAUCUAUGGACGUUAAAGAAGCACAAAAACAGUUACAAAAAGAAAUAGAAACGAACAAACGGUUUUCUCUAGGAUCGAAGACGAAUAAAAAGUGGAUUUGUCCGAAACAUAAUCGAUCUUCGUGUUCAUAUUUGAAAUUGCAUUCCACUUCAUCUGAAAUUAAACAUUGGCUAGAAGUAAAAGGAUUUAGUGAAAAAUCUCAAGCUAUUUUAGAUUCAUUGAAUGGAGAGAUGCUGUUUUCUUUGAAAAAGGAACAAUUGGAAAAAUAUUUGGGAGAAGAAGGUUGUAGACUCUACAGCCACAUAAUGAUACAAAGAAAUAUAUCUGGGGUAAAAACAACUCGAUCGGAAGAACUACGGAGUAUUUUAGAACAAAGACGACGUUUAAUGGAAGAAAACGAGAGCAAUUCAAACAAAAUUGGUGUAGAGCUCGACGAAGACGAAAAAAUUGAUAACGAAAUAACAGCUAAAUUACUUCAAUUCCUAGCGAAACAAUCGACAAAAAAAUCAUUAAAUUAGUCCACAUGACCGAAUAAAAAAUAUAAAGUAUCAUUUAAAUAUAAUAAUGUAAAUAUUUAUAAAAUUCUGUAAGUGUUAAAAAUAAAUUAUAUUCA